CCUGAAGCCCUGCAGCUACUGUCGCUUGCCUCAGUCCAGCGGGCGCACCACCUUGCGUCCUCGAGGUGCAAGCUAGCUAUAGCUCCGAUCCAUAAUUAGGCACGAAGAUGGCAGUUCAUGCUAGGCAGCUGAUCAGCGGCGGACCGGAGGCCGAGUCGUGGCAGCAUGGCGGCACGGUCGCAGCUCGCCGGCAGGAGCAGAUCGUCGGCCGUGCGGGCGACGACGGUGCUGCUGACCUCGGCCAUCGUGGCGGCCGUGCUGCUCAUGGCCGCCGUCCUCUUCGGCGCCCGGUGGACGCCCUCCAGCGACGCCGGGACAUGGGUCUCGGCCGGAGUCCGCGUCGUCAUGAACGCCGUGUCUGACCAAGGCGCCGUCCCUUUGGCGACGGUGCCGGACCCCAGCGACAGGCUCCUGGGCGGCCUCCUCUCGCCGGACUUCGACGAUCGCUCCUGCUUCAGCCGCUACCGCGCCGCGCGCUAUCGCCGGGCGUCCCUGCACGCGCUCUCGCCGCACCUCGUCUUCGCCCUCCGCCGGUACGAGUCCCUCCACCGCCUCUGCGGCCCCGGCACCCAUGCCUACGCGCGCGCCGUCGAGCGCCUCCGCGCGCCGCCCAAGGCCUCCAGCGGCGACGACGUGGCCCCCUCGUGCAGCUACCUCGUGUGGACCCCGAACGCGGGCCUCGGCAACCGCAUCCUCUCCAUCACCGCCGGCUUCCUCUACGCGCUGCUCACCGACCGCGUCCUCCUCCUCGACGGCAGCCGCGGCGACCUCGACGACCUCUUCUGCGAGCCGUUCCCGGGCUCCACGUGGAUCCUGCCGCGGGGGGACCUCCCCGCCCGCGUGAAGCUCACCAUCGACACCCCCGAGAGCCUCGGCAACACGCUGGGCCGCGGCGAGGCGCCCGGCGGCGGGGCACCGUGGCUGUACGUGCACCUGGUGCACAACUAUAACGCCCAGGACAAGCUCUUCUUCUGCGACGACGUGCAGGCCCAGCUGCGGCGCGUGCCCUGGCUCGUGUUCCAGGCGGACAACUACUUCGUGCCGGGCCUGUUCGUGAUGCCGCGGUUCGAGCGGGAGCUCGCGCGCAUGUUCCCCCGGCGCGACGCCGUGUUCCACCACCUCGGCCGCUACCUCUUCCACCCGAGCAACACGGUGUGGGACAUGGUGGCGCGGUACCACGGCGCCUACUUCGCCAAGGCGGACGAGCGCGUGGGGAUCCAGGUGCGCACGUUCAAGUGGGCGCCCAUCUCCACCGACGAGUUCUACGCCCAGAUCCUCAAGUGCACGCAACGCGAGAACAUCCUGCCCGCCGUCGUCGCGCCCGCGGCCAACGCCUCGACGGGGGGCUCCGGCGGCCAGGCGGCGGCGAAGCGCAAGGCGGUGGUCGUCGUGUCGCUGCACGGAGAGUACUCCGAGAUGCUCAGGAACCUGUACCACGAGCACGGCACGGCGGCCGGGGAGGCGGUGAGCGUGUUCCAGCCGACGCACCUGGGCGAGCAGCACAUCGGCGACAAGCAGCAGAACCAGAAGGCGCUCGCGGAGAUGGUGCUCCUCAGCUUCUCCGACGUGGUGGUCACCUCCGGCGUCUCGACGUUCGGGUACGUCAGCCAGGGGCUGGCCGGGCUGAGACCGUGGGUGCUGAUGCGCCCCAACCACGGGAAGGCGCCCAACACGCCGUGCCGGCUGGCCCCCACCAUCGAGCCGUGCUUCCACAGGCCGCCCAACUACGACUGCCGGGCCAAGGCCAGAUGUGACACCGGCAGGAUGGUCCAGCACAUCCGGCACUGCGAGGACUUCCCGGAGGGUGUCCAGUUGCUGGAGUCAUGAGCUACUGUUAUUUAGUUCCAUACAUCACACAUUCUUUUUUUUACUCUCGUAUACAGUGAUUAAUUAAACGUUAUGAAUAA